AAGGAGGCAGAGCUGAGUGAAAGAGAGCAUAUGAGGCGAGGAGAAGAAGCAAGAAUAUAGGAAAAAGACGUUGACAUUUCCAUACACCAAGUUGAAGAGAAGUGAAGAUCCCAUGAUGAAGGUUCUACCCAUUCUGGCCAUGAUGCUACUCGGGGCGUCUGCCAUGGUGCUCAAUGGCCUAAACUCCACUGAACCUAAGCGGGUUUCUGGGAAGUUCAAGAACUUUCUCCCAUGUCCUGGCCAUUCUACCUGGUAUGAACUGGGGUCCAAAUGUGCUAAGCACUUCCAGGAACAAUUGGACUUUACAUCUGCUGAGGCAUACUGCCGCUCUCAAAAGGACAAAUCUCAUCUGAUAUCAAUCCACUCCAGCCAGGAGAACAAGGACGUGGAUGUUUUUGCUCAGACUUUCAGCAGAAAUUCCCCUCGCAUCUGGCUCGGUGGUUUUGCAGUAUCCAACCCCAAGCAGCCUCACCAAUAUCUCUGGACUGAUGGGUCCAGCAUGGACUACUUUUCCUGGCUUCAGAACCCCAAGCAACCAUCCGGUGACGGAAAUUGCAUGGAAAUGAACUGGCAGAGAAAAGGUGCAUGGAAUGAUAAGCCGUGCAGCCAAACCAAUUUCUUUCUGUGUGCCUUCAAACCUGAGGAAAGAGAGGAACCGAAUGGAGGAGAAGAAGAAGAGGGGAUGGUGGAAAAAGGGAGUGGGGGGUUUAUUAUUUAAAGUAGAUGACAGAUGAGCAGUAUAGCAGUAUAUACUACCUGGCAGAUAAACUUUGCAUUAUAGCUUUCUCAGAUAUCACGACACCAGGACCCUGUAAAAUGUUAGAGAAAACCCACAGCUCAAAGACUAAGCCUUUGUCAGCUAAAAGUUCUCACUAUCUGCUUUUCUGCUUCACUUGUUUGUACUAUUAAACAUUAAGCAUUGCUUGAAUAGCAAACAAAAAAGGAAUAAAAAAAUAUCUUCAUUAAUCAAUAA